UACUAGAACAGACAUUCUGAUUCUGACGGAAUAAUCGGUUCUACUCACGUUCUACUAUUCGUGAUUGUCAUUGUUAACAAACACUAGUGAUUUAUUUACCAUCGUUGGUUUGGUUAAGUCGCCGUUAUUGUGAAUGGUUUAAAAAACCAAAACCUAAAGAACUGUGGAGUCAACAAUGAUGGAGAAAAGAUUCAUGAGUGUUUUUGUUUUUUCAGUCACUUCAGUCUUUCUUUCUUCAAUCGGUAGCGCAGAUGCCAUCAAAUGUUAUGAGUGCAACAGUUACAAUGAUUCAAGAUGCUCUGACGAAGUACCUCCAACUGAGACGGAGAUAAACUGUACAACAGUAAACAAUACACGAGUUGCUUACGUGCUUUGCCGCAAAAUCGUACAGUCUGUCAAUCUGUACAAGUUACCAUCAGACUCCAGAGUGAUACGAAGUUGUGGUUGGGAGAACUCUAGCCACAGUGACAGUUGCUAUUUGAAGUCAGGGGAAGGUUACAGUCAGGAGGUCUGCUCUUGUACCUCAGACCUGUGUAACUCCAGUGACACUCUUUCAAGCAUCUUCGGUGUCCUGGCCGUCACCUUGAGUCUCAUGUUGUGUUGCCUCUGUCUACCAUAA